CCCGUGGAGCCGCGAACGUUACUCCACAAAUCAUACUCUGGGCCCGAUGGAGUCGCCGCAAUCAGCUGUGCAUCAUUUCUUGUUAUGAUAAACAAGUAAUGAACGGCAAAAGACAUAAUUAAACAAUGGAAGGAAUGCUGUAUAAAUGGACCAAUUACAUAAGCGGAUGGCAGCCUCGUUGGUUUGUGCUCGAUGGAGGAACUUUAUCGUACUAUGACUCACAAGAAGAUGCCUGGAAAGGUUGCAAGGGCAGCAUUAAAAUUUCAGUUUGUGAAAUACAAGUUCAUCCCUCCGACUCUACACGAGUUGAUCUCACCAUCCCAGGAGAGCAGUACUUUUACCUCCGAGCUAUCAAUGCAGCAGAGAGGCAAAAAUGGCUGGUGGCACUGGGGACAGCCAAAGCUUGCCUUACAGACAACCGAACAAAGAGAGAAAAAGAGCUCCAGGAGAACACAGAGGCACUGAAAACAAAGAUGUCAGAGCUCAGAUUGUACUGUGACCUUCUCCUACAGCAAGUAAACAGGAUCAAGGAGAAUGAUGAGCUAGGAGACACAGUGGAGACAGGAAUAGACACCGGAAACAUGGUGAAGUCUACAUGUACUACUUUCCUUAAGACGCUAGAGGAAUGCAUGCAGAUAGCAAAUCGUACUUUCAAUACAGAAAUGGUAUCACAGAGUCCACCAGGAUCCCCUCCAGUAGCAGCCAUCAAACCUCAAAAGAUUAAACCUGUCAAUCAUUUAAAUCAGAAUCUUGGGGAAAAGUGGAGAGAUUUGUCAGAGAAUUCAGGAGAAACAAUCGCACAUGAUAACCAGAGCCUUGAUUCUGGGGCAGAGGGACCAGAUGAGCCAGACAGACCAGAUCAUCACUCUUCCCCUUCAGACAGUGAAGCCGCAAACGGAAACAGCUCCAUCUCAGAGGAGCGAGUCGAUCCUUCAUCAGCUACUAUUCAAAAUACCUCUGAGACAGAACACUACGAGCAGCCAGCAGAGGAGGGUGAAGAUGAAAACGAUGAGGAUGAUAAAGACGAGACAGAAAAAGAGCAGAAGCACACACCGGACCAAAGUCAAGAGCACGACAACAAUAGCAAGGAAGUGGACGCUGUUGAGUCUCAACACCAACAGGAAGCUGUCUCAGACCAAGAAGAGGCUCAGAGGGAAGGUGAAAGUUCAACAGAACAAGAGGAUACAGAGCAGGUGGAAACUUUCUUCAGCACAAUGAGUCACAGAUUUAGUGAUAUAAGACUGGACGACGACAAUGGUAUCCCUACUCAAGAGUUUUUGGACUCAUGCUAUGCAAUAGUGCCUGUAUUAGACAAGCUGGGGUCCACAGUGUUUGCACCAGUUAAAAUGGAUUUUGUUGGAAAUAUUAAGAAAAUUCACCAGAAGCUGAUGUCAGACCCCAACAACUUCCCCACACUACAGUCCAUCGUUCUGCAUGAGGUCCACACAGAUGUUGCCAAGGUGCGCAACUCAGCCACAGAAGCUCUGCUCUGGCUCCGACGAGGCCUGAAGUUCCUCAAAGAGUUUCUUUCAGAGGUUAAUGCAGGAGAACAAGACAUCCAAGGAGCACUGAAUAACGCUUAUGGAAAGACCCUUCGACAGUACCAUGGAUGGGUUGUGCGAGGUGUUUUUGCUCUGGCCCUUCGAGCUGCCCCAUCUUAUCAGAGCUUCACUGCUGCCCUGGUGUCAAAAGAAGGCGAUGAACUGAAGAGCAGCUUCACCAGUGGCAUGCACAGGGACCUGGGGGUGUACCUGCCCGCCAUGGAGAAGCAGCUGGCAGUCCUCGAUGUUCUGUACGAAGAAUACAACCUGGAGUCUGAUGAAGUGGUGUGAAAGCUGAACACAUAGAUGAUCGGGGCUUGAGGAAGAGCAGAUCCUGACCGCAGGGGGUAGGGAAGUGAAAACCUGCUGGAGGAAGGUGCCACGUGCAUCAAGGUGCAUCUCGUAUACGAAAUAGUGCAGCAUGUCCCGUGUGUGAGUUGUUGAAUUCUACAUCUGUAGAGGGUGAAGUUUUGAAGAAGGUCCGGAAUACAGGCAUUUGGAAGCCCACAACAGGAAAAGCAGGCAUUAACAAUGAAGGUGUUAUUUGCUGACAAAAUGUAGAUUCUGUGUCUUAUUUAAAAGACAGUGAAGUGGUUUUUAUGCAGAUGCAAACCUUAAGGAUUCAUGGUUAACUAUUUGGGGUGCAUUGUGGCAGUUUUGAACUGUACAUGUUUGAGGUACAUAAGCACAGGGAGUUAAGCCUCAGUAACAACCCUGAAGAUUAUUUAUGACUCUCUCCAGAAUGCAGUUAUUGUGUGAUCAUGAUUGUUCUGCCCUUGGACAAAGAGGAAUGCUGCAGCAAACAAACAGGCCAUUUAAAGAUAAGUCAGAUUGUUACAGUGCCCUUUAUAUGCCUAAAGUAUGAGAUAGAAUUGCGUACUGGGCUCCCAUUGGUGUAAUGAGUAAACAUAUUGCCUUGCACUAACUAAAGUUUGGUGGAAAUGAUAUACAAAAGUAUAUGGCUAAUAAUCAAUAUAAAUUUAGUUUCGUCUUGAAAUUUGAAUCUUAACUCUGCAGUUUGACAAUGUAUUGUUUAACAUGUUAUGAGCUAACACUCUAGAGACUUUUCAUGGGACCAAAAAGGAACUGUCAUGUGAAUGGCUUUAGCCUCCGCUGCCUACAGUACCACAACAAACAAGAGUGAAUUAAGUGUGUAGCUGUGUACUGACAACUGCUGAAUAUUUAUGUGGACGUCCUCUGCACAAACCUAUGCAUUGUUUGCAAUUUCACAAUGUCUAUUUAUUACGUCUUAAGUUAUAAAGUUCAUACCAAUGUCAUUUGGAUUUAGUGACAUGUUUAUUGAACUUUUGUAUGAAUGUAUGGACAUUUGUACUCACAGCGCAUGUUGGAUGAUUGCAUGGUUUUAUGUAACAAAUAACACCAGUGCCAGUAGAAACUGAAUAUAGGUUAAGACCUAGAACUAAUUUAAGUAAAUGUAUCAUCUCAAAGAGUAUAAAACAUCAAAGUUUUAUUAAAUUGCUUCUCUUUCAUCUCUGCACUGAUACUGAACAUCCUCCUUCAGCAUCCUCCUUACGCUACAGAUUUCAGCCAUUCACAAUUUCAUCUUUGUGCUGUCCUACAGUAACUUGAUUAUUAUUACCAGCUGUUCUCAAUAAUUUAUGAUGUCAGUUCAACAAAGAUGAUUGGUUAGAGUCUGCUCCCCGGGCAGGUUCAAGUUUGUCAACAGAACCACUGAGCCAUUCGAACAAACCAGGGACAUCCUCACAGGGCUUUUUUUAAACCAAGACAAACCAUGAAGUAUUUUUAACUUCUAACUUUUUUUCCUUGCGUUUUCAGGAUUACAUUUGGUAAUAAUUAAUUGGCAGAAGGUUUACACAUCUGAUGUGCAAUAGCUUUCUCUGUUGCAGAUAAUUCCACUGUUUAUCCUGAAAUAAUGCUAUUGUAAUAGUACAAACACUUGAUUUGUUUUUCUAUGAUUGUAUAGAAAAUGCUGUCUGAUUUUUACAUAAUAAAUAACUAA